GGAAAAGCAAGGGACCUAAUAGCGUCAGUACAGUUGUCCGAUGAGAACUAUCCGAGAGCUAUCGAACUUCUUCUUAGUACAUACAAUAGACCGGAUGUACUACGAAACAAACUCGUGGAUCAGCUCGAGGCUCUACCACCAGCAGAGCCUACGCCAACGGAUCAACGUACUACACUAUGCAAAAUCAAAUCGAUAUGGGUCCAACUCACCAACUUAAAGGAGCAACCUGGGUCGACGGCGACCAUGAAGAUAAUCAGAUCGAAGUUCCCUCAGAAGACAAGGGAGAAAGUCGGAGAGAUGCGUAGAAGAGGAGAUAAUUGGACGGCUGAGGAGCUACUUGACGCCUUCGAUAAGGUCAUUGACCAGCUGGAAGUGAUGGAGGAUACGGAUCCUACUCCUCAGGUCAGAUCGAGGUCGCAUGCAGUCAUCGAAAGACGUAGUAGUCCAAGACCGAAGAACACAAUCUUGAGGAGAUGGUCGAAGGAAAGAAGUCCAAGUUCCAGCAGAGACAGAUCACCAAAGAGGUAUUCUCACAACAUGAGGAAACCUCAGAAACUACAGGAGCCUCGCUGCAACUUCUGCCUAAGAAGAAGACACACGACGGCAGAUUGCGAAGAAGUGGUUACUCCUUACGAGAGAAGAAAAUUGGUAAUACAGUCACGUCUCUGUUGGAAGUGCUUGGAACACGGACACAGAGGAUCCCAUUGUGAUGCUCCACAGUGCUACAAAUGUGGCCGUGGCCAUCACAAAUCCCUAUGUUACAAAGAGGAUAAAGUACGCAGUUCCAGCAGGUCUAACAGCCCCACUCCAAGGCGUACAAGGAGAGAGUCAGCCGAGAGUUACUCCUCAGACGCAAACUCAAGAAGAGGGUACAGAGCAAGAUCUCCGUCAUCGAGCCCUGAGCCACGAGGAAGAUCCCCUACGAGAAGAACGGACCGUUACCGUAGAGGAUCCCCUCACCCAAAAGUAGGGUUCAGACGCUCGCCUACGACACACACAUACUCCAAUCACUCCCCUAGUCCAGUUCGAGCAAGGAAAUACGAAACCCCCUCGGAAAGUGAAGCGGAAGGAUUUUUUGAUUAUCAGGAAGAAGAGAUUCCGGAAGUCAACGCUACUCAAAUCACAACGUUGACGAACCGGAACAGGAACGCCAGAGCUACCAGACAAGAAGUAGCAAGUCUGUUCAAUCCUCCACGUCUCAUGAUAAUCAGAGCGUUAACAAUCAACAAGUUCACCAAAACGGAGCAGUUACUCACAGUGCUCCUCGAUAGUGGCUCGCAACACAGUUUCAUCAAGGAGGAUACAGCACAGAAUCUGGGCCUAGACAUGGAAACACCUCAGGACAUUACUACAAUCACCUUCGGAGGCCAUUCCCACACAGAAAAAUCGUAUCGCGUCAAAGUCGUACUUCGCAACAAAAUCAACGGUCGACCGACAACACUCCUCCUUUGGACACGGAAGUCCAUUACUACAGUUUCGUUGGACACGGACGAAGACGAGGAAUGCAGCAGUACUCGAAAUGGAAAAUCCACGGAAGUUGAUGUCUUGAUAGGCAUGGACUAUUACUGGGAAGUCGUCGAAUUCAAUUCAAACCGUCAACUCCCCUCAGGCCUUGUACAAUCAAACACAAGGUUCGGACCAGUCCUAUCAGGAUAUCAAUCACCGCCAUCGUCGAGAGUGCAUUCAACGUCGGAUGGAGUCUCAGCCGAAGAACACCAGAGCUCUUCAGUCGAGACAGACCAGAUAGUCCAACAGCUUUUCGGAUUGGAGUCGGUCGCAACGAAGGAAGACAUUGACGAUUCAGAUGCGAGCAUAAUACAGCAUUUUUACGAUACACCAAGUGGAAGGAGUAUCACGGAGGACAUAGAAGGCUUCGCAGGAAACGUACCACGCUUUAUUACAGUCACAGGAAAAGUCCAGUACGACUUAGUAGUUUUUUCGGAUGCGUCGCAGAGGGUCUACGCUGCAGUAGCAUACCUAGUAUGCCGACCUGCAAAAGGAAAACCCUUCAGCAACUUGAUCUUCUCCAAAGCCAAAUUGGCCGACAUGAAGAAGACUACUAUUCCACGACUUGAACUACUGGGCUCCGUCCUGGCAGCCAAAUUGGUUCGUUUCCUUCGAAAGCACCUUCAGUCUGUAACUACUUCAUCGGUAGAGGGUUACAGUUCAUUUAUUCCAUUUCAUAAAACUAAUUCAUAUUCAAAAUUACUUCGUAUUACAGCUUACGUUCUGAAGUACAUAGUCACACUCUGGCAUAAAAGCAAAGAUGGGAGCCUCGUGUCACAGACGACAGCGAUCACUGCAGACGACAUAAAAGCAGCAGGAAUCGUUCUCCUUCGGGAACACUAUCGAGAAGGACACCUUCAACUCCUAGGUCGCACGGUGAAACGACUCCGGAUAACGCUUGACGACGAAGGAAUCUAUCGCGCCAACCUACGUAUGGCGAAUGCAGAUAUGAAAGAGUCCGCAAAGGCUCCAAUUCUGCUCCUGCCAAAACAUCAGUUGACGAGACUUAUUGUUACGGAGAAGCAUAAGAAACUAUUCCACGCCGGAGCACCGCACUUGAUCUCGGAGCUGAGGGAUCACUAUCUCAUACCGAGAAUUCGGAGAGUAUCGGCUCUGAAGAAGACAGUUCACAGAAGGAUUCUAGACCUGUGGACCCUCCAAACCCUUAUUUCAGAAAUAGAGGCGACACUUAACACUCGCCCGAUUACUCCAGUGGUGACCAGUUCAACAGACACGGGAUUUGUACUACGACCGAUUGACCUCAUUAACCCAUACUUCACACCAUCUAAUAUGGGGUCAAUCGAUAGUACUAACAUUUCCGACUCUCACGAAGAACUAAUGCAGUCAUACUCAGUACUCCAGGAUGCCCUAGAAACGUUCUGGCAGCAUUGGCACAAAGAUUAUCUGCAGAAUCUGGCCGAGCGGAACCAAAAAAGACUUCCGCAGAAGCAAGGUUCAAAGAGUAGUCCAAGAGUCGGAGAUGUUGUACUAAUAAAACAAGAGAAUAUUUCACGUCGUCAUCGUUCAAUCAAUCAAUUAAUCCCACUGGAAGUUUCGACAGAAGACAAAGCAAUUACGCCGAAGCAAAAACGAGUCGAGCAGCCAACACGAAUCCAGCCGGACAGAAGAGUGAAAAGAAGAACUCCCAGGAAGGAUCCGCCCAGUAGUACUCGUGGUUGGUCUCGUCGAGCAUCUGUUCGAGGUAGGUCUUCUGGUGCUACUCAUAGUUCAUCUCGUCCCCCUCAGUCCACACCGGCUCAACCGCCCCGUGGUAGUUCACGUCCGCCAGUUGGGUCAGAUCAAUCCCGCCCCCCUUCCACAUCGUCUCCAUUUGUGGAGCCCGAGGUUCGCAGCUCUUGGGCAGAGCAGGUAUCUUCGGAAGGUCCCCAGGCUGUGUCGAAGGAAAAGGAGAAGGACGGAAACGAAGCGGACGUGGAGAUUUUGACGGCGACGUCGACAUCGAGCGCGGGAAAGAAGGCGAAAGAUGCGACAGAUGGGGAAGAAGAGAUGGAUACUUCAGAGGUUGGCAAGACCAACCCUCCAUUAGUUCAUAAUGUCGAUCCAGGGGAAUGGGCACCAACUACGAUGGCCCCCACUCAGUCAACUUUUACAGUGCCAGGCACAUCGUGGGAGACGGCAAUUACGGCUGGAAGAAACAUCCAGAGGGAUAGAGAAGAAAAGGACGAAGCCCUCAAAAGAAGGAAGGAAAGGAUGGAAGCCGUCGUUACGUUCUUAGAAGAGUACAUGGACAGGAGAGACAGGCAGAGAGAAAGGGAUGGAAGAGCGGAACCGCCACUCAGAGUCAAUCCUGCGCCUAGUACACUACAACGUAGGCCCAUUGUGACCCCUCAUAGUACAUUCCAGGUUGAGCCGUAUACUGUCGAAGAGCUUACAGCUCGUCAGUUCAGA